AUGCUUCAAAACCUCUUGCGCGACCUGAGCCUAUGGGCACCCCAGGCAGAACCUCUCAAGGUCGAAGCAGCAUCUUUUGUACCCCCUCAGUCACGCAUCGAAUCCCUGCCAACCGAGGUCAUCCUUAUCAUUUAUGCAAUGUUGCCCCAACCCAUUGACGCCGCCUGCCUUGCGCUGACCUGCAAGUGCCUCUACGCCAAGUCCGACUUCCGGCCGAAGUCACGUCGGGUCACCAUGAAGGACACGCCUGAAAUAUUGUACCGUAUGCUGAGCCAGGCUCUUGUCCGCUUCCAAGAAGUCCCGAACGAACCGCUCUACCAGACGGCCGUGCCUGAGAGCAUCCUGUUCGGCAGCAGCAGGCAUCAUUACAUCAUGGACUGGCGCGCCGCACGCCUCGUCACAAACUCAUACUUCCUCGGGCCACGGUACGGUCUACGCCCCUCGGUACUGGACGUGAAAGGCUGCUGGCAGAUCAGCCAUGGGAUCCACCUCGCAGAGCCAUGGCGAGGGAGAGUUCACAAGAGGCGCGGGGAGCUCCUGAUCUCGUGCACCAGAGUCUACAGUGGUGGCGAGUUUGCGAGCGACGAGAAAUUGCGGAGGUUCUUGGCUGCCUACAGGGUUGAGGUGUGCUGCCAUGUGGGCGGCUUCAUUGAGGCCGGCGACUUUGGACCACUCCAUCGUGAUGCAUUCGUACUGGACGGAACUCCCCCCGUCCAUGGAUCCUGUGUGAAGUGCCACACUGACUGGUCCAUCGAGUGUGAUCGGAGCCGCCCCGAGCAUGGGCAGUGCCACGAGGACAUGGAACUGGGACACAGAGUUGUGGUCAUCAGGACGUACCACAAUCUGGGUGAUUGCCGCUCCACGAUGAACGCGAAGUGGCACUCGAUGACUGACUGCCGGGUGCCAGGGACCAGGUUAAGCGCAGGAGCCGUCGAGAACCAGUGGCACGCAUCUCAUGUGCCAGGGGACAAGUUAGACGCAGCAGCCGUCGAGGCCUGCUGGGAGGCAGCUCGGCGAAGAGAAUGA